AUGAGCGAUAGCUCAACCAGUGACCUCCCAAGGAGGUCAACAAGAAUCCAGUUGACUUCACAAUCAAAUAUACAAAUACAAUUAAAAAAUCAAAGAAACAAUCCCAUUAAAAAAGUGAACAAAAUAGCGGCAUCUUUUAUUUUAAAAGAACCAACAAAUAUAAAAAGUAACAUUAAAAACAACAGUGAUAUCAAAGAUAUGGAAGUUACGGUCACGAUAGAGCAACCCGAAGUAAUAAUUAAUAAUGACAACGAUAAAGGUAAAGGAAAACAAAUCGACUAUGAAGAAUUGACAAUUGAUAUCGAAAAAAAUAAUGGGAAUGAAUGGACCGAAGUAACAAAUAAAAAGAAAAAGGCAAAAAACAUAGACAAUACAGUAAUAGAUCCUGAAGUAAUAGAAGAAGAUAAAGAAUCAGUAUUAUCAUAUGAGACUGAUAAUAGUUUUCAUUCCGACUGGAGACAAGAUUUCAAUGCAAAAAAAUUUAAAAUUUGA